GUGUAUAUAAAGGGUUCGAUGCAAUGAUAGGUUUAAGUAAGCAUUCAACAGUUUUUAAGCAAACUCUGAAAUUCUUAAACAAAAUGUUCGACCGCAAAAUAGUCGCUUUGUUCUUGGUGGGAUUUGCCAUUUGUCAGAUCAUUGAUGCUGGAUCCAUCGAAAGCUUAUGUGGUGAUGGAAAACGAGAGGAAAAUAUUCCAAAUAUUAUAUCACCAUUAUCUUCAGAUUCGCCAAGCUCUCCAUUGUUAAAUGACAAUGAUAUACCCGAUGUAGAAUCAUUCGAAGUAGCACAAACACCAGUUCCAGCUCCAGCUCCAGCUUCACCAAAGGCCAAAUCUCCAAAAGCCAAGUCUCCAAAGGUCAAAUCUCCAAAGGGUUCACCAAAGAAAGGAAAGGUGAAGGGUCUAGUUGCUGAAUUUGAAGCUAAGAACAGUCCACCAAAACUUGCCAAAGCACCAAGCAAAAAAGGUGGCAAGAAAUAAAUUGGCUACACGAGCUAGAACCAAUCCAGCUUCAUACAGCUGAAGCCAAAAAAAUUGUCAUUUAUGCUGAAAAUCUUAACAAUCUUUCAAAAGUUAUUACUUUCUCGAGUAAAUGGCAUUCAUUCGGUGAACACAGUGAAUAUCAAUAAAUUUGAUUUUUGCAAACUA